GCAAUCGAUCUUUACUUACAUCUCUGUGAAUAAGCCCUGCAGAUCUAUGGCAUCUUCUAUCUGUUCUGUCUUCUAAUUAAAGAUGGCGCAACCGAAGAAAAAUUUCAAGAAUUUGAUCCCACUUUUCAUCCUCCUCUCUCUCUCCGCCAUCUUCCUCUUCACCUUCUCACCUUCCACGCCGUUCACCGCUCACCCCGCCGCCCAACCCAACCUCCAGACGCCCACCACCACCACCGCCGACAACAAGAACUUCACAUUCAUCAUCAAACUUCUCACUUACAACCGUCUCUCCUCACUCACUCGCUGUCUCAGCUCCCUUGCCGCCGCCCACUACGACGGCCACGCUGUCCACCUCCACAUCUUCAUCGAUCACUUCCCAGUUCCCCCGAACGGUUCCCUCUAUAUCGACCAGAAUCUCAAUUCUUCGAAGGGGAUACUGGAUUUUGUUGAUGGUUUUGCUUGGGAACUCGGCAGCAAAGUGGUGCACUACAGGACUUCUAAUGCUGGUCUGCAGGCACAGUGGCUGGAGGCAUGGUGGCCUAGCUCAGACGAUGAGUUUGCCUUUGUGGUAGAGGAUGAUCUUGAGGUCUCGUCUUUGUACUUUCGUUUUCUGAAGAAUCUGAUUAUGCAUUAUUACUACAAUGCUUCAAAUUUCAGUCCGAUCAUUUUCGGGGCAUCCCUGCAGCGCCCGAGGUUUGUGCCAGGUAAGCAUGGAAACAAAAUGGAAGUAGAUAGUAGAACUCGGGUUUUUCUGUACCAGUUGGUUGGAACAUGGGGUCAACUUUUGUUUCCACGACCUUGGAAAGAGUUCCGUUUGUGGUAUGACACACACAAAUCCAAGGACAUUAAGCCUUUUCUCGAUGGGAUGGUUACAACCGGAUGGUACAAAAAGAUGGGAGAAAGAAUAUGGACUCCUUGGUUUAUUAAAUUCAUUCAUGCUCGUGGCUAUUUCAAUAUCUAUACAAACCUUUUGCAUGAAAGAGCACUCAGUGUCUCACAUCGUGAUGCUGGUGUAAACUAUGGGAAAUCAGCGGGACCAGAUUCUAAUUUAGUUAGUGAGAAUUCUAUUGAUGCCAAUCACUUGGAAUUGCACCCUUUGCAUAACAUGAAUUGGUAUGAUUUCUGCUUCAAACGAGUUUUUCCUGAUAGGAUUGUACAGGAUUUCAAUGAACUUGGGUCCGUUCUCCCUUCUCUUCAGAAACUGAGUAACAUUAUACUUGUGAGGAUACAUCAGGAGCCAGAGUCUGUUGUAAGGAACUUGCUCUGCCAUUUUGAGAGACAACAUAUUCAGAACUACAUUUUAAUGGGCCCCAAAUCUGAUCUCUUACUUGAUCUUGCAAGAAGAGGGCACCCUGUGAUUGACUCCGUCAGAAUUUAUGACAACAUAAGAGCUUUUGACAAUUCUACCCUUGAGUUGAGUAAGGAAAUUUUUAUCAAGUCCUAUGUGGUUAGAAAAUUUUUGGAACUUGGAUUUAGUAUCAUUGUGACAGAUGUCAACCGGCUUCCCCUGAACAAUGAUUCCUACCUCAAUUUAUUUGAACUUGACAGAGCUUAUGACUUCUUCGUGGGAAAGAACUUUGAAUUAAUCCUUGUUAAGAGUUCCUCUUCUGCCUUGAAAACUUGGAAUGAUAAUGUCUUGACCGGGUUAGGCGAUGAUGUGAUUUCAACCUCAUCAAACAGUUCAGUUCCAACUGGGAAAGAUUUCGUCUAUGUGGUUAAAAAGUUGUUUGAACAGAAAAGAGUAAAAUUCUACACCUUUGAUGAAAAAAGCUCUAGUUUAAAUACCAAUUCCUUAAACGCUACCCAUAUGUCUAUACGAGAUGAUGCAAGAUUUGUGUAUUGGUCAUCGGAGGUGAGUUCAGAUCUGAUUCAGCAACAGCUUGUGCAUUUAGGUCUAUGGGUUGUUGAUAGUGAUAUGUCUUGCACUUCAAUCAUUUGCUACCCUUCAUAACAUGUGGUAGCAUUAGCACUAAGACAUCCUUUGGCUACUCCACGUCGUCCCACAUUUGUAAGGCGCGCUCUAAAUGGCAAAAUGGUCAUUGAGUAUGGCGGCAACUGCCUUGGUCACUAUGGAGUUUUGUGCGACAACUGUUAAUACAGUUUCAGGUUAUCAAUUGGCACAUUUAAAUGCGGGGCCCAACGGGGAAUUGAUGCACUGGUCUUGAUAUCUUCUUGGUCCUCAUCUAACAAUGCACUAUUGUUGUACUCUUUUCCUUACUCUUUUGUGAUGGGAAUGCUUGAAUGACGGGUCAUUGAGUUUGUACUCGAUUUGUUUGUUUAUCAGGGGAGACAGCUACCAUAAUUAUAAGAUUCCUGCAUCCAAGCAGGGAUAAUAAAAUUUUAGUCGUUUG